UAGUGUCGGGUUGCGUCCCAUCGACGCCGCAUCACGUGCGAGCGACCUGCGCUUGCGCUCAAACAAUGAACUGUUUUUGUAACAACCAAAUCUAACUAACCGCAACUAUUUAAUUUCAUUACACAUGAUUGUGACCUGUGAUAAGGAUACUCAGCGAAAAUGAGAACGGCAUGGAGCUGAUGUUUACAGUGUGUUUUUCUAUCUCAGUAUUAACAGUGAUACAUAGUGAUAGUGAAUAUUGUGAUACACAUCUGAUAAGGACAUUUAAGAUACGUGCAAUAUGAGCCGGUCAAGGUUAGAGUGCGGCCGCCGAUAGUGGACUGGACUGAGAUGCGGAUAGGUGGAGACGGUGGGACUCAUAGUGGUUGUGUAUAAGAGCGAUGCAUGGUGUGUGAGGUGGGUUCAGCGGUCAUGGACAUGAGCGGCGAGGGUGGCGGGGCGGGGGGCGGGAGCGCGCUGCAGCAGCGCUGGUACGACAGCCGGGUCAACGGCAGCCCGGCGGCUGGUGACGUCAACGAGGCCAACGGCGACUUCUUCCACUCGCCGCUGGAGGGCGGCCACCACAGCCGCGCGCGCUACUACCACCAGCAGAUGCACGCCCCCUACUCGGCUGCGGUCAGCUCGCAUGGUCGGACGCUGAGCGGCGGCAGCGGGCAGGUGUGCCGGCCGCACUUCCACACGCCGCUGCACCCGUGGCUGGAGUCGAAGGCGCUGGGCGGCGGCGCGUGGGGCGGCGGCUUCCAGCAGGACGCCGCGCCCUCGGACAAGCCGCUGUCCCCGGCGCAGCACCACCACCCGCACCCCCUGUUCUCCUUCCCGCCGACGCCGCCCAAGGACUCCACGCCGGACUCCGUGGCGGCGGCCACGCUCGGCCAGCAGGACUACCAGGCGGCCGUCGCGCACGCCACCGCCAUGAGCGUCGCCUUCAUGCAGCAGCAGCAGGAGCUGCCGCUGUGCGGCGACGUCAAACCUAUGAUGGGCGCGCCCCCCUCGAAGCAACGCGAAGGUGCGCAGCCGGACUCGUGUCCCCAGGAGUCGAGCCAGCCCUCCGGGGAGUACAACGCGCAGUACAACGCCGCCGGCGGCGACUACUACAACUACCAGGGGAAAGGGUUUAGUGGGGCGCAGCAGCAGAGCAAGCCGCGCCCGAACAAGACGCGAACUAGCGCCGAGGGCCGGGAGUGCGUGAACUGCGGAGCGACCAGCACUCCUCUGUGGCGGCGCGACGGCACCGGCCACUACCUCUGCAACGCCUGCGGCCUCUACUACAAGAUGAACGGCCAGAACCGGCCCCUAAUCAAGCCUAAGCGAAGAUUGGUGAGUUCGCUGCAGAGCGCGGCGAGACGAGCCGGCACGUCGUGUGCGAAUUGCAAGACGACGACCACGACGCUAUGGCGACGCAACCAGAACGGGGAGCCUGUGUGCAACGCGUGCGGACUUUACUACAAACUACACAACGUGAACCGACCACUAACGAUGAAGAAGGAAGGCAUCCAGACAAGAAAUCGGAAACUGAGCAGUAAAAGUAAGAAGAAGAAGGGUGGCAUGGGCAUGGGGGGAGGAGGCGCGUGCGCACUCGCGCUGGGAGGGGUCAUGGGGGACAUGAUCAAGCCGCUCGGAGACGCCACCAAGGGCUUCGGCGGGUCGGCCUUCCCUUCGGCCAUGGACUUUGGACAACACCAAGUGGGUCUGGUGCACCCGGCGGCGGCGCACAUGUCCCACUGGUACGGAGCACCGCACCAGGGCUUCGCCCUCCGCCGACCUCGCACAACCCCUACCACCACCAUCACCUCGCGCAACUUAACUCUAUGACUGGCUGGAGGAGUGAGUAUACGUGAUAAGUCAACCAAACCAACGCCCCCUACUGGAUAACCACACGUUCCACGUGUAACCACGCUUGAGCCCAUGGCUCCAUCGGACGCGAACUAGUGGCAACUAGUGACUCACUACCCGCACUAGUUUACUAGUUGCCGCCGGAACUACUGACACAUCACACCGUAAGACUGUCCAACAGAAUUGAUGUUUCUACAGUUUUUAUCUUCACCAGUGAAUUGAACGUUUUGACAUAUCCCCGAACAAACCCAGUACGCGUCCCAAUGAAGACUUUGAUAUUCCGUGAUCACUUCCCUAUAAGUAUUAAUGUAAGAGUGUUUUACAUGAAGAAGUAACUAGCGAAAUUGUACAGUAUUAUAAUAUAGUUAUUAUAAUGUCGGUAAUACGAUACAUAAGUAUAGUUCAAAAACAAUUUGUGUAUUUUGUACAUAUCUUAAUAAGUUAUAAUCCGUUCCUGUAUAAAUUGUUUCUUUUUUAUUUAAUUUUUGAACGGUUCGGUUCGCUAUAGGAAUUGUGAUGUGUUCAGAGAAAUUAUUCCCAGAUAUAUGUUUUUCUUUUGUACAUUUUAUUUGUGUAGAUGAUAUUGAAUGAAAUGCAAUAGUAAUUUAUGUAAUAGUUAUAAAAUCAUUGCGAAUUGUAAAUAAAUAGCUGUUUUAAUAGUUACAUUAUGCAGAACUGAUGUUGUGGAUAUCGAAAAACUAUUUUUCUUAUUUAUCGCUGUUACAGGUCACUUAAUUGGUUUAGAUUAUUACAUACACGUCUUUAGACACAUGUCAUUCAAAAUUGUAUUAUUUACCGUUGUAAAUUAAGAUAUCGAGUGGCCAUAAAUUAUUAGAGGGAUGCUGUUUGUGAAUAUAGUAAAUUAUAAUAAGCAUACGUUUUCUAAAUUAAGCAGUUACAAUAUUCACCAACAAGGUCCCGCAUUCAAAAUGUACAUAAACAUGUAAAUGAGCGAUGUAGAAAUUAAAUGAAAGAAUCAUUUAAGACUAUCAGAAUAAAA